GGCAGGCCGUGUCUGGUUGCAAUCAUGAACGAAUCUGAUUAUCCUUUCUUUCCCCUUGGGGACGAUGCAGGUACAAGGCCGAGUACAGCAAUGAGAUACAAGGGCAGAUGAAACGUGAUCAAGAUCUGCGGCGGUGAGGGAAUUGCUCCACGAUGUUGCACAAGAUAAAGCGAACUUAAGGUAUGUACUCUGCAAGAUGAGGCCGCACGGCGGCGGCACAGCUACUUCCAUUCAGCCACACCUUACUCUGUUCAGCGAGCUGCGUCCAUCCCGCGAUUUCCCAAACAGUAAUCAUGAAAGCUAUUUCCGCUGUUCGCCAAGCCGCGUGGCUUUACGCCAUCGUUGCCGCCGCUGUCGUCGCCCAAGAGGAGCCGCCAUGUGCUCACAGCGCCGAUACUCGGCGCUGCUGGGGCAACUACUCCAUCGAUACCAACUACUACGAGGUGGUGCCGGACACGGGAGUGACAAGAGAGUUUUGGUUUGUGGUAGAGAAUGUGACAAUGGCUCCUGAUGGGUACGAACAGCCUGUUAUCGUAGUCAAUCGGUCAAUUCCGGGGCCAACUAUUGAAGUUGACUGGGGCGACCAAGUCGUGGUCCACGUAACGAACCUGCUUGAGAACAACGGCACGUCCAUCCACUGGCACGGAAUUCGGAUGCGGAACAACUAUGGCAUGGACGGCGUCCCCGGCGUUUCGCAGUGCCCCAUUCCCCCGGGCGGUACCUUCACUUACAGGUGGCGGGCCGAGCAGUACGGAACGACGUGGUAUCAUUCUCACUUUAGCAUGCAGUACUCGGUCGGUCUGCAGGGACCAAUCGUGAUCCACGGCCCUGCCACGGCCAACUAUGACGAGGAUCUCGGUACCGUUGUGCUCCAGGAUUGGAGCCAUGUAUCUCCGUUCGCCAUGUGGUGGUAUUCUCGGCUUCCAAGCGGGCCGCCGCCUCUCGCCAACGCCCUAAUCAACGGCAAGAACGUCUUUGACUGUACUAGUAGUGCUGACCCGGAUGACAAGAACUGCAUAGGCAACGGAACACGCGCCGAGUGGUCCUUCCAGCAAGGAAAACGUUACCGCAUGAGAAUCAUCAACACUGGCCUCUACUCCAACUUCCGUUUUUCCAUUGACGACCACAAUCUGACCGUCAUAGCGGCCGACCUAGUGCCCAUUGAGCCUUACGUCACGGAUAAUAUUGCUAUUACGAUGGGGCAACGGUACGACGUUAUCGUUCAGGCAAACCGCCCAGUGGGUGACUAUUGGUUAAGAGCAAUUUGGCAGACGUCGUGCUGUCCCAACGACGCCGUAAACAACACGCUGGGAAUCAUCCGGUACGACAGCACUUCGACGGCCGAUCCCAACACCACCAACCCGGCCGUCGACUACCCGGAUAACUGCGGCGACGAGGACGCCGAGAACCUUGUCCCCUGGCUCAAGCUGGACGUCGGCCCGCCGCUAAGCACGGACGUCUUCUACCUCGACGACGUGACGCUCCCUGAUCCGAAGGGCUUCCUCUGGACGCUGAACGGCACCUACCUGUGGGCGAACUUCUCGGCGCCCACCAACCUCCUCCUGGCCGACGCCGACAAGACCGCCUUCCCGGCGGAUUACAUGGUCUACCGCACGCCCGCCACGGCCAGCGGAUGGGUCUACAUCGCCUUCAACGACAUCUCCAACCGCAACCGCUCGCACCCGAUGCACCUACACGGGCACGACUUCUACGUGCUUGCCACCGGCCCCGGUAACUUCACCUCCUCCUCCUCCUCCUCCUCCUCCAACAACAACAACAACAACAACAACCAUAACAAUACAGCGCCACAGCUGCAGCUCGCCAACCCCCGGCGACGGGACACAGCCACGUGGCCCGCGCGCGGCUACAUGGUGCUCGCCUACAAGACGAAUAACCCGGGGACCUGGCUGCUGCACUGCCACAUCGCGUGGCACUCGAGCGAGGCGCUGGGGCUGCAGAUGCUGGAGCGCCCGGGAGACAUGGACUUGUCCGCGGGGGGACAGGUGGCGGGGAUGAGGCAGCUGUGUGGCGAGUGGGAGCGGUGGUUAUCGAAUCAUGGGGAUGCGAUCGUGCAGGAGGAUGCUGGGAUUUGAAAAAGACAUUAACUAACGAAUAAUCAUUUAAGAAUCAUUUUCAGGAUUCUUGUGUACAAUACAAUAACCUAACCCUACCUGACUUUACGGUCGUAAAGCAUGUACC